CUUCUAUCAGAAAGUGGCCAUAUCUGUGGAACCAGAGUACUUAAUGGGUAUGUGUCUUGUUUUAAAUCAUAUGUAAAAAGUGCUCUCAUAUAUAUAUUGUUUGUUAAACAAAGUGUUUAACUGUUUAAGUUAAUUAUGGAGUGGCUGCAAAGGAUUGCUGCCAGAUCUAAUAGAGAUCUUUCUGUAAAAGGUGUUAAUCCUGAAAGUAUAUGGGAUGACUGUUUAUUGAAAUUGAUAGACGGAUUAAGUGAGAUAGAGCACAACAAUGUAUUUAAAAAGGAAAGUCAAAAAGUUGCAUUACUGGCAAAGAGCUUUUUGGAAACUAAUGAUGCAAUGAAUGAAUGGUGUCAACUUAAAAAGACCAGUAAUUGUUAUGUAUGUAGUACAACAAAACAAAAAAGGGAUGUUUUGUUAAAACAACUGAAAAAUGUAUGUGUUGUCACAAGGACUAGUUAUUUCCCUAGCCCCCCCAGCAAAACUGUGAAAUCUCCACAAAAGCUGUUAACAGAAGGGAGAUUGCCCCCAAGGCUCUCUUUUGAUAGUGACUUGGAAUCCACGUUAACUGAAACAAAAACUCAAAUAGAAAAUUCUCGGCAAUUGUUGAAAAGUUUUAGUAGGGAUCAAGAAAAUGAAGAUAUUAAUAUAAUGAAAGAAAUGCUUAGAAAUCAGACUGAUUUGUUAGAUAGAACCCAUAAAACCCUGUCUCACAUGUCUAAAGAAUUAGACAUAAAUGUUACUAAUUUUGACAAUUUGCAGAGACAGAUUACUAAUCUGGGUAGUGCUACAGAUAUUUUGUGGAAAGCUACAAAUCAGAAAGAUUUGGAUUUUACUUUGAAAGAGGAAAGUGAAAAUGAAAUAGCUCAAAGGUUAAGUUGUGAAAACGGGCAGGCGAGAAGUGAAAUAGAAAAUAAAUUGGGAAAUGUACAAGGAAAGGGUCAGUUGGAUAUUCUCAAAUUAGCUAAAUUGAUUAAGGAUUUGCCUAAAUAUGAUGAGAAGAGAGGACCUUUUUACAAUAUGAGUGUUUUUGAAGGUGAAAUGAAUAAAAGACAAUUUGAUGAUGUGGUAGCCACAAGAGGUCUUUUGAUGUGGCUGCCAACUUCAUUAAGUGAAUGGGUUAAAGUUAAACUCAUUGAUGUGUUGGAAGGGAAGUCAAGUGAAAAGCCCCGAGUUGAGUUGGAGGAAUUGUUUCCAAAUAAUACACAGAGAUUGCUAAUGGUGGUACAGUGUGCAACUGGUGUGGAGAAUUUUCAAUUUUCUACUCUUGAUUCAUUUAAAAUGGAGAAAAAUGAUGAUAUACGUGUUUGUGCUAAUUUGUGGAAUAAGGCAUGGAAUUUGAUUACGGAUACAGAACCAUCUGCUAUGUCUAAAGAACAACAUAAGCAGAGUGUUACUGAAUUUGUCUCUAGAAUAGCAGGGUUGCCAAAUGAGAUAAAAUUAAGAGCUUUUGAUUCACCCACAGUUGAUUUUGCUGCUACAGAAAUAAUGAAAUCUUUGCAAUUGUUGCAAAAGAAAAACACAGAAACAGCUAAGAUUUUUGCGUUCACAGGCACACUUUUCUCUAGGGAUACUUCAGCAGGUCUGGCCCCUAUUAACUAUGUGUCUCGUGAAGAAGGUAGAGGAAGAUAUGAAAAUAAUAAUAGAAAUGGUAAUUUUAGAGGGAGUUCUAUGAAUAAACCACAAAAUUACCAGGGUACUAGAAAUUAUUCGGCCCCAUCCCAAGAUAGAUAUUAUAGGGUUAGUCAGAAUAGUCCUAUGAUAUGCUAUAAAUGCAACCAAGAAGGUCAUGUUAGGAGAUAUUGUCCCAAAAAUGAAGAACAAUCUUACCCAGUGAAAGGGAAAGAAAAUGGCAUUGUGCCAGGCUAUAAGAAUCUACAGAGAGUGGCAGCUGUAGAAACCGAAAAUACAUCUUCAAACCCCCCUCAAAUAUCAAAUCCAUAUGAAGAGUGUAGACGGAUGUUAAAUGCCAUUGAAAUGAAGGUGGAAGCAGUCACAAGUCCACAAGUGAAUUCUGCUUACCACACUAAUAAAUAGGGAUGUGUAACCCCUAGUUGUUCUCUGGUCUAUCUCACUGAUAUUACUCUGGGUGAAGAUGGAAGGCCAUAUAUUUAUGGAACACUAGAGGGGAAUAUAACAGAGUUUUUAGUAGACACAGGAGCUGCAGUGUCUUUAACCAACAAAAGCUUGCCUUUAAAAAUUGAAGCACCAACAAUUUCCCUUCUAAGUUUUAAUGGAGCACAUGCCCAUGCAACUCUAUCCACUGAUAAUUACAUCAAAUUUGAAGGAGGUAAAAUAAAUUGUGACUUAUGGGUCGACCUCUCAUCCCACUGUACUAUUUUGGGGAUGGAUGUUAUCAAUGGAAAAAAGUUGUAUGUGGAUUUAUUGAAUUUGGUUUUGUGGCAAGCUCCAGGUGAGAGCAAAUCAGGUGGAGUGGUUAGACCUAAUGAUUUAGGAUGGUAUAGUCAUGUCAUGUCUGUAAAACAGGGUGAAGUGUCACCUUCUAUACAACAAGAUGAUGAUUUUGUAACCUAUCUGAAAGAAAAAUACCCCACAGUAUGGUCUAAAUCUAAACAAGAUUGUGGGAGAAUGAAUUUACAAGUUGUCAUUGAAGGACCAGACCCUCCUGCAGUAAAACAAUAUAAAAUUCCAAAAGAAUCAGAAGAAGGUGUGAGUCAAGUGAUAGAGGCAUUGGUAUCUCAAGGAGUGCUGAGAGUGGGUAAUUCCAAAUGUAAUUCCCCUAUUUGGCCAAUAAUCAAGCCAGAUGGCUCUUAUCGUUUAAUUGUGGACAUGCGAGUGGUGAAUAAGUAUACCCCACCAGCAGCCCAUAUAGUGGCCUCCUCACCAGAUAUCAUGGCACAAGUAGACGGCAAUGCUAAGUAUUUUUCUGUUCUGGAUAUAGCCAAUGGGUUUUUCUCAAUACCAGUACACCCAGAUAGUCAGUAUCGUUUUGCUUUUACCUUUAAAAAUCAUCAAUAUCUGUUCCAGGUGCUGCCACAGGGCUUCCACUCCUCGCCAGCUUAUUUUCAUAAAGCACUGGCUCAAGUAUUGGAACCCCUGGGGUAUGGGAACAAGAUUUUGCAAUAUGUUGAUGAUCUGUUGGUUCAAACAGUAACAAGGGAAGAGCAUGAGCAGAUACUGUGUGAUAUUUGUCAAGCACUGGCAGAUAAUGGGUUAAAACUGAACACAUUCAAAGUGCAGAUCUUGAAAGAAAGCGUGGCUUUCUUAGGAGUAAAUAUAGAUGCAGCAGGUAAAACACCACGAACAGCAAGGGUUAAAGCAUUAGGAAACACAAACGUUUGUACCAUUUGUACCUAGUGAUAUAUUGCAGGAGUUGAUUGUAUUCAAUCAUCGUACACUGGGGCAUUUGGGUACAGAAAACCUGUUUAAGGUCCUGCAAAAUAAAUUUUAUCAUCCUAAUUUGAAACAAUGGUGUACAAACAUAGUGCAGGAGUGUCUCAUAUGUGCUCAAUUUAAUCCCAGACCUAAAGGUCAGAAACCAAAAUUGCAGAGAGUACCUUUGGCAAAAGGACCAUGGGACUCUAUACAAAUUGAUUUUAUUGGACCAUUACCUAUAGCUCCAGGAGGACUAAAGUACGGAUUGGUAAUUGUUGAUAUAUUCUCCAAAUGGGUGGAUUGUAUAGCUCUUACCAAUUGUACAGCGUUAACAACAUGUAAGGCGCUAUGGAAAUAUGUAUUUUCUGUAUGGGGUUUUCCCAGAAUCAUUGAAUCUGACAAUGGUCCACACUUCAUUGGAGAAGUACUUAAAGAAAUGUGUAAAUUGUUGGGGAUCCAACAAAGAUUUCAUGUCCCAUAUCAUCCACAGUCGGCUGGCAUAGUGGAAAGAAUGAAUAGGACAUUGAAAUCUAGAUUGAAAAAAAUGCUUGAAGAUAAAGGGAAUAGUUGGGUAACACACUUACCAGGAGUUUUAAUGUCUAUUCGUGCAACUCCAAACUCCAAAACGCAAGUGUCACCUCAUGAGUUAAUGACAGGCAGAACCAUGCCAAUUACUUUCCCCAAUGAACCUUUUGUUCCAAGUACUUUCAAAGUUGCUGCAGAACAUGCUGAAUGGUUAAAAGUGUUACAAGAACAGCUGCAGUCAGUUUUGAAGUUUGCUGCUUUGAAUAUGGCCCCUUCUGGUAAACAAUGGGUUAAAGAUGUAACUCAGGGGAAUUAUGCAGAUAAGUUUAAACCAGGAUACAAAGUGAUGGUAAAAUCAUUUAGAACACCAGGUCCCUGGCAGGCAGGUUGGGAAGGACCUUAUGUUAUUCUAAAGAAAUUAGGACAAACUGUCUUACAGGUUCAAAGAGCAAAAGUUGGUAGGAAAUGUAAUAAAGCAAUUCUUGUGCAUAUUGAUCAAUGUAAACUCACUAAUGUAUAAGAAUAGUAAACUGCCAUCUGUUUUUCAUUACAGAAUCAAUAAUGUUUGUUCAUGGACAAAGACUGUUUAAUUUUAAAAAGGACAAAUUGUUUGGACUAUCAAAAGACACUAUGGACAAAAAGACUGCUCUCAUGAAUGCGAUUGGAGAGGACAUUACUUCACGGACUAAAUCAAACCGAUUGGGGUUUCUUGAUAAUGUAACCUUUAUAAAAUUGCAUAGCAUCAUACUGUUUUUAAUCAUGAUGAUGUUAGGUACAAUCAAUGCCCAAGGUACAGGUACUCCAGAUUGUGAUAUUAGAGAUACUUUUUCUAAAUGUACAGCAUUCCCCUAUGAGUGUAAAGUGAAAUAUUGUAAGACUCCUGAUGUUGAUUAUUGUGGAUGCAUCAAUGCAGACACAUCUGAGGAUGCAAUAUCCGGUGCGCUCAUAUUCCAUGAUAACCAAGAACCAUGUAUGACAUAUCUAUCAGUUGACGGACGAGUUGAUUUAAUCAUUAAUAUUACCAAGGAUCGGACAUAUAUAAUGCAAAAUAAUACGGAGAGUAGGUGUGUGGUACCUACUGGUAUAGACAACACCCUUACCCUUACUAUGUUUAAUGUGAGAAGUGUUAACGAUGAUGGGUUAAUUUGCUACAUGUACUUAAUAGAUACACUUGUUAAUCCUUACACAAAUGCUAAAGUAAAAGUACUCGAACAAACACAAGACAGCUCAUUUACCUAUCAAAACCCAGCUAAAUGUAAGUAUAGGUUAUGGAGCUGAUUUCAAUAAACAGUUAAAAGAGUUAUUACAAGUUAUUGAUAAAGCUGCGACUGGAGUACAUAACACUUUAGUACAAAUACAUACAGUGCAAGGUAUGAUUAAAAGCAUUAAACAUGAUUAUAUCGAAGAAACCACAUCCUGGUGGCAACGGUGGUUUGGAGGACAAAAGAAAGGAUUAGUUAUGGGUAUGACACACUUCAUAACUCAUCCUUUAGUAAUUUUGAUGAUUAUUAUUAUGGUUUUAUUCUUCUUUAGUUGUUAUAUGUCUAAAAGAAUCAAUCGUUUACGGUCUCAACUGAUGGAUGUGGAAUACAGAUGUAAAUUCCUGACCACAAAAUUAAAGUUUUACAAGGAAAUGGAAUAAAUUAUGAUGCAUUAUAUGUACAUAAAAAGCAUCAAAGGGGAACUUGAAAAAUAUUUUUAUAAACUUUAAAUGUAUUCAACGUGUUGUAGGAAUGUAGAAAUAUUGUAAGUUAUUAAUUUAAGCAUAUCCAGACAUCGAGAGGCCUACCCAGAUAGAUUACUAUCAUAAUGUAAUUUAUACACAUACUGUAAUUUACACACAUAUGGUUUUAAGUCAAGAAUGAUGGAUGGAGACUUGUGGAUCCUGUUGAUAAUAACCUUUAACCUAGCCUUGUAAGCCUGAAUUCCUGUGAAAUGUUCACAUUUCUAUAGGCAAUCAUUCAUUCCAUCAUGUAAUUAGAAGUCUCAAGAAGGUCUUUGUGUGUAACUUACCAAAACAUCAUAACGUAUGGCUUUAAUCAUAGAUAUCGAAUAAUACUAAGUUACCACCUAUUUUUUCUUAGAUAACCAAUUAUUGUAAAGCAGGCAAACCUUAUGUCAUUAUGUAUACGCCCUAUGUAAUUGAAUUUUAAAUGUAUAAAAUCCAUUGCAGCUCCAAUACCAAUAGUAACACCAACGACCAAUACCUUUUAACAUCAAGCUUGGAUAAGAUCUAGAAGUGAAUAUACAUUGUCUAUUGGUCCAUAUGAUUUUAAAACAGACUUUUGUUGUUACCGGAUGAUGUGUAUAUUGUAAUAAAUAUACGGUUUUAACUGCAAGACACUCUGAUUCGAUUUGUUCAGAAAACUGGAAAACAAAUAUCUCACGGAAUGCAAAUUUCCUACAGAU